UUCUCCGUUGCUGGGAGUGACAGGACGCUAUGUGCUUUAGUCAGAGAGACUGUGCUAAUGUCUAGCGGACCUACAAAAAAUAACUAACCUACUGCCUGUACUGUAUCGUACAUUAAACAUAGUUUUAAAGAAAUUUCCGUUGAAAUAAACGCAAUGGAACUAGUACCUAUUGAUCCACUUUUUCUGGCAUGGAGCUAUUUUAGGAGGCGUAAGUUUCAGCAGUGUUCCGAGGUCUGCACCAAGAUACUAGAGGAUACUCCGUAUGACCAGGAGACGGAUACUCUGUCAGUUAUUUCCGAGGCCGCCUGGAGCCUGAAGACACGUGCUCUGACAGAGAUGGUGUACAUCGAUGAGGUGGACGUGGACCAGGAGGGCAUAGCCGAGAUGAUGCUGGACGAGAGCUCCAUCGCCCAGGUUGCCCGUCCUGGAACAUCCCUCAGACUCCCAGGGACCAGCCACGGAGGUGGGCCUACACCAGCAGUCAGGCCCAUGACUCACUCAGGACGGCCCAUGACAGGAUUUGUGAGGCCCAGCACACAGUCUGGGAGACCGGGCACCAUGGAGCAAGCCAUCAAGACCCCCCGCACUGCGCACACUGCCCGGCCAGUCACCAGUGCCUCUGGGAGAUUUGUCCGCCUGGGAACGGCUUCCAUGCUUACAAAUCCAGAUGGGCCAUUUAUAAACCUGUCCAGGUUAAACCUGGCAAAGUAUGCCCAGAAGCCCAAUCUAUCCAAGACCUUGUUUGAAUACAUCUUCCAUCACGAAAAUGAUGUUAAAAAUGCCUUGGAUCUAGCUGCCCUGGCCACUGAGCAUGCUCAGUUCAAGGACUGGUGGUGGAAAGUUCAGCUGGGAAAAUGUUACUAUAGACUGGGGUUACACCGUGAAGCAGAAAAACAGUUCAGGUCUGCACUCAACCACCAGGAGUUUGUGGACACAUACCUCUAUCUGGCCAAGGUCUAUCAGCGUCUGGAUCAGCCAAUAACUGCUCUGAACCUCUUCAAACAAGGCCUGGACUACUUUCCCGGUGAAGUCACCCUGUUGACGGGAAUCGCGCGCAUUCAUGAGGAGAUGAACAACAUCCCCUCAGCCACAGAGUACUACAAAGACGUCCUGAAGCAGGACAACACACAUGUGGAGGCCAUUGCCUGCAUAGGAAGCAACCACUUCUACACGGAUCAGCCCGAGAUCGCUUUGCGCUUUUACAGACGGCUGCUGCAAAUGGGGGUGUACAACUGCCAGCUGUACAAUAACCUGGGCCUGUGCUGCUUCUAUGCUCAGCAGUAUGACAUGACACUGUCCUCCUUCGAAAGGGCCCUCUCCCUGGUGGCGAACGAUGAGGAGCUGGCCGACGUUUGGUACAACCUGGGACACGUAGCUGUGGGAAUAGGGGAGUUAACUCUGGCGUACCAGUGCUUUAAGUUGGCUUUGGCCAACAACAACGACCAUGCGGAAGCCUAUAAUAACCUAGCCGUCCUGGAAUUCCGCAAGGGACGAAUUGAGCAGGCAAAGGCUUUCUUGCAGACAGCAGCUUCCCUGGCACCUCACAUGUAUGAACCACACUUCAACUUGUCAACUCUAUCAGAUACGUUGGGGGACCUUCAAAGCAGCUACAUGGCAGCCCAGAAGUCCGAGGAUGCCUUCCCAGACCAUGUGGACACUCAGCAGAUCCUCAAAAACCUGCGCCAGCACUUUUCUCUACUCUGACAGCAUAGAUGACUGCAUAGAGGCAGCUGUAUGGCUGGGUAGUGUCACAGAUUUUGCCAGCCGGACAGCUGAUAUCACAGAGAGCUGUAACCAUCUGUAUGACAUCACUAUACUGUCUGUGCUACAUGACAUCAUCGACAAUCAUGAGCUGCUAACCUACUAUACAGAGAAGUUGAAAAGUAUUUCUGAACAUAGUCUGCAAGCAGUCUACUUAAACAGCAUUUUGUCCUUUAGCGAUUGGUGGUAUUCUGGUUUUGGCUCUUCUUCAGAAUGUAUAUUGUUAUCUGUAGAGUUGGAAAAGAUAUUUAUACUGAAUGUUAGAUGCACUAUAAAGGAUAAGGAAAAGGUGCUUAUCAAGGCUGACAUUAAGUGUACAUAUGUUGUCAUAUGUCAUAUUUAUAAUGCAUUCAAUGAGAAACAUAUUAAAUUUAUGUGCAUUACUGGA